UUCAUCGCAUGGUCCUCAGCUCUGAAUGAGUGGAGGGGGAUGCAGAAGGAUUCGUAAACUCCACAGGACCCGUGGAAUAUGUAGAAUGAGCCCCUAUCUGCGAACUGUGGUUGUAUUCGUAGUGGUUCACAGCCCGGUGAAUGAAAGACGGAGAGAUUGCAGCUUGAUGCACUACAUUACUUUGGAGUAGAUUUGACGCGUGAUCGUUGCAAGAUUCUGUGCUGGACUGCCGACUGUUGAGGCGCGUGUCGUUCAGGUGACACACACACCGUUAACUUUACGGACUGUGUAUCAUUUAUCUACUAUGUAAUCGGGAGCAAGUGGAUGUAGUAUACAUGGGAUCCCUAAAAUUACGAUCAUGUGGAUUUAUUGAACUGUCACUCAUUCUUUUUGCGUGCAUUUAUAGAGAUUGAGAAAAUAACCCCUGAAAUAAAACUCAGUAGAAAUUCGUGCGCUUUGUGGAUCUGACUCAGUUGGAUAGACAUAAUCAUGGACUGUCAUCAGACGAAGAAUGUGCCAAUGCAUUGUAUGAUCCACAAUCGUAGCGAUUGGAAUUGACAUAGCCAGUCUACGCGGGCCGGAGAAGUAUGGAGAGACAGGUCUAGAUUCACUGGUUCGGAUUCACGCGUUAAGAGCGCACUUUGGAAACUAGUGUUUUGCUCGGAAACUUUUAUACCGGAGUCCGACGCACACAAAGAUGACAGCAAACCGUUGUAAACACCACUAUAAAAUUGCAUGAAUAGAGAAAAUAUAGGUUUCUAAGUAAAUCAAAUGGGGGGGGCGGGGGGGGGGGUUGCUUAUGGAAAUAUACUCGAUUAAUUGCUUAUGAUAAAAACAAUACAUUUUAGCGGUAAAUGGAAUGAGCAUGGAAUGAGUCUCCCGUAUGGGAAGGUGACCUUUAUCGUAAGUGGUGACAUGUUUGUCAAGAAGUGCGACUCAGAGGCCCCUGAGAAUGAAAGAACAAUAUUUUGCAAGAUUUCUCUGGGAUAUGAUGUAAAAGUAUCACAUUCUACUUUCUAGGUAAGGAAAAAAAGUGACCCUGCAUCGGAUGGCUUCCAAUGGCUCUCCAACUUCUUUGGCCUUUAUCCACAAGAAUAAUGAUUUUUGUUAGUUAAGUGGCCCCAAAGCUAUUCGGAUCAUUUAGGAUGCUGUGUUUACAUCGUGUUCAUCCGGGUGAGAGGGCAUCAAUCAACGCUGGAAGCUUCGAAAAUCAACAGUAUCGCAGGUGUUUGUUACAAAAGUGACUCAGACCAGCAGCAUGCUUACCUGUGGAUAAGAGUGAGCCCCGUGGGUUGAGUGUGGACCCCCACGUCCUCCCUGCUCCUUCUCCUGCCUCGGUUCCCAUCACCUUCAGCCCUACUGUCCACAUGCAGGCCAAGAAGAGGUACCUGGUCGUGUCUCUAGGGGCCUGUCUUCUUCUGGUUGCCUACCUGUGGGGACUUCAGAUUGGGGAGUUCCAUCAUCAAAACCACCACCAGCACCUCUUCAGAGUCGCCCAGAGCCCCGGCUUUAGCUUGCUCAGACAACGUUGGCCUGAGUGGACCCACCCGCUCAACACCUACUUGGAGGACGGAGAGCAGGAGGAGGACAGCCCUUUGCUCCACCACCAGCACACCUCUCCCAGGGAGAGGCGGGAGAUCCGCAACAACAUCUACAAGAGCAGGAGGUGCCGCAUGGACACAUGCUUCGACUUCAGCCGCUGCCAGAGGGGGUUCAAGGUGUACGUCUACCCCCUGCUGAAGGGGGAGACAGUGUCUGAGAGCUACCAGAAGAUCCUGACAGCUGUCGAGGAUUCCCGCUUCCACACCACAGACGUCAACGAGGCCUGUCUGUAUGUGCUGGGCAUUGACACUCUGGACCGGGACCAGCUGUCCAGCCAGUACAUUCACAAUGUCAAGGCUAAAGUACAGAGCCUUCCAACGUGGAAUGACGGGAGGAACCACCUCAUUUUCAACCUCUACUCUGGCACCUGGCCAUAUUACACAGAGGAGCUGGGCUUUGAUAUUGGCCAGGCCAUUUUGGCCAAAGCCAGCAUUGAUAUGGAUCAUUUUAGGCCACACUUUGAUGUGUCCAUUCCUUUGUUUUCAAAAGACCAUUCCCAAAAAGGAGGGGACAAGGGAUAUUUGACACUCAAAAAUGUCCCUCCAUCAAGGAAAUAUUUGCUGGUUUUCAAAGGGAAGAGGUAUCUGACUGGUAUCGGUUCAGAAACCAGAAAUGCUUUAUAUCAUAUUCACAAUGGGGAAGAUAUCAUUCUAUUGACCACCUGCAAGCAUGGGAAGGACUGGGAAAAGCAUAAGGAUGCAAGAUGUGACCGGGACAAUGAAGAAUACUCAAAGUUCGACUACCAGGAGCUGCUCCACAACUCAAGCUUCUGUCUGGUGCCCCGCGGUCGCAGGCUGGGUUCCUUUCGCUUUCUUGAGGCCCUCCAGGCUGCCUGUAUCCCUGUCAUACUGAGCAACGGCUGGGAGCUGCCUUUCUCUGAGAUCAUCGACUGGAGCAAAGCAGCUGUCAUCGGGGACGAGAGGCUCCUACUGCAGGUUUCUUCAAUUACCAGAUCUGUGGACCAUGACAAAAUAUUGGCGCUCAGGCAGCAGACUCAGUUCCUCUGGGAUGCGUAUUUUUCUUCGGUAGCAAAAAUAGUAUUAACUACAUUAGAGCUAAUCCAAGACAGAAUAAAUUCACACGUAUCCAGGAACAAGUUGAUGUGGAAUUCGUUGCCGGGUGGACUGUACGUUCUGCCUCAGUUCUCCACAGACGCUGCAGUGUUCCCCUUCUACUACUUGUCUCUGGGGAAGAGCCCGUCCCAGGAGUUCACUGCUGUUAUCCAGGCCGUGACUCCUCUCCAGUCUCAGCUGCAGCCCGUAGUCAAGCUCAUCAUCGCUGUUGCCAAAUCCAAGUUCUGUGCACAGAUCAUUGUGCUGUGGAAUUGUGACAAGCCUUUACCUCCGAAGAGCAAGUGGCCCUCCACCACCGUGCCUAUCACUGUCAUUGAGGGAGAGAGAAAGACAAUGAGCAGUCGCUUUUCCCCCCAUGACGUCAUCCUCACAGAUGCUGUCCUCAGUCUGGACGAGGACUCCGUCUUGUCGACCAAUGAGGUUGACUUUGCCUUCAUUGUCUGGCACAGUUUCCCAGACCGGAUCGUGGGCUACCCAGCACGCAGCCAUUACUGGGACAGCAGCAAAUCAAGAUGGGGCUAUACCUCCAAGUGGACUAACCAGUACUCCAUGGUACUCACAGGGGCUGCGUUCUAUCACAGGUAUUAUCACUACUUGUACACUCACUACUUGCCAUCCAGCCUUCUCACCAUGGUGGACCAGAUGGCUAACUGUGAGGAUAUCUUGAUGAACUUCCUGGUGUCUGCUGUCACUAAGCUCCCACCAAUCAAAGUCACCCAGAAGAAGCAGUACAAGGAGACAAUGAUGCAGCAGGGUUCUAAGACGUCUCGGUGGGCCGACCCGGACCACUUUGCCCAGAGACAGACGUGUAUGAACUCGUUCAGCAGCUGGUUUGGGUUCAUGCCCCUGCUGCAUUCCCAGAUGAGACUGGACCCUGUGCUGUUCAAGGACCAGGUCUCCAUCCUGAGGAAGAAGUACAGGGACAUCGAGAGGCUGUGAACCCAACACGCACUCAUACACACAGAAGAAACUUGAGUGGUGUGGGUUUGGGCCAAAUCUCCUUCCCAGCUGCAAGUGAAAAUAACUGCUUUUUUUGACCAGCCUGUUCAGUCAGUCAGACUGUGCGAACAAUAAGUGAAAUCUCUACAGAGUAAUUUAUGAUGAAAUAUGCAACACCAGGACCGUUAUCCUGAGGUAAUGAUCUUGGCUAUUGAAGAUGAUUCAUCUUCAAUGUCAGUGAGUUGGACUGUGUCGAUGUUGUCGUCAUUGUUGUCAAAAAAAUAAUAUUGUGACUUUUCACACGCUUCAACACCAGACAGAUUGUCGUUGUCAAUUCCUUCUCUGACAGAGAAACCAGGAAGUGAGGUCACAAAAGCCUGCAAUGUGCACUCCUGUUUGGUUUCAGAUAUUUUCUGUGGCAGUGUGAUCUUAAACAAAAAUGAACACAGUGCAUUGUGUUUGUCCUCCAUGACAUCUAUAAAGUUUUUCUCUAACAUUGUAUAUGUUGCUUUCCAUUAUUCAUUUCUGGGGCUUAUUGGGCUUUCAAUUUGGAAUUGUUCGAUUUUUUUUGCGGGGGGGUUGCUUCAUUCUCCUAUGCGCUUUAAAUUGCCAAAAAAACAAAUCUGAUAAAAGAUGCUGAAAUGUA